UUCAUUCAUAGUACAGCAUCAUCGGCGAAGAAAGAUCAGAGCUGUGGAAUCUACCAUAAGCUAUCUGCGAAGCAAGCUAGCUAGCCAGCCAAGGACAUGAACUUCGAGAAUCCGCAACAGGAACGACGUUUCGAGCGCCAAGACCAAGGCGAAGAAGAAAGAGUCCACGAGCACAACAGAGAAGAACUUGAAGAAGAUGGUCGCGAGAUACAAGCCGCAGCUGAUGCUCCUGCCUUUGUUGGCAUUCCAAGCAUCAUGAAUCCUUCCUUGUUGGCAGAUGGAGAUGGAUCGUGGGCCAUGAUUAUUUCUGAUGAAGAGUUUCAAUGGGCCCGAGCCAUCAAGGCCAGCAUCGAGAGCAGCACUGAGAUUGACAACCUGUCCGAUUUUGAGUAUACUGAGCUUGCUAUCAUAGAACAAGACAACUUGGAGGCGGCCAUGGACAGAGCGAUAACUUUGCAGGGUUUCCGGGAAGAAUUUAAUGUUCGAAAUACCCUUGAAGAUGCAGUUGCCGUUCUGCAUCAGUAUGUCUCCAUGAUGCCCAAGUUUUUCCUGUCGUUCUCCUACAACCACACAUCUGGUGGUUAUGUAUUGGUCUCUGAUUUGGCUGAAUAUGAUCAACAGCUUAUCAGGACAGAUCCAGGGUGGCAAAGGCAUGUCAGAGGCAUUUACUACAUGCUCCAGUCAAUGAACCCUGAUUUUCACAGUAUUCGAGAAGGUAUCACGCUUGUGACUGAAUGUGAUGGAUUCAGCUUCUCCAACAUGGAUGUCAAUGUAGCCAAGAGUCUAUGCACAGACAUAUUCUCCAUCUAUCCCUUUGCCGCCCGUCAGCUGGAAUACUUCCAUUGCAGUCUCUUCCUGAACAUAACUGUUUCGUUUGUGCGCCCAUUGUUUCCCAAGUCCAUCCGUUCCAAGUUUCAGACAGGUUGCACCUUUCCAGGUGGCCGUUUGGACACUUUCUACAUCAUUCCUGAUCUGGAAACUAACACAAAGCGGACCAUCCAUCGAAUGCAGGAGAGUGCCAGGAGACGGUAUGCAAUGACUGCACUAUUUAAGCUUUAAACUUCAUUUCCUGAGUGGAGGAAACUAUGCAGACAUGUUGUCAUGUAUACAGCUUAUACCACCAAAGAUGCAAGAAGGUUGAGUAGCACCAUUCACUUUCUUAAGUCCAAUCAAGGGAGCAUCUCUCAAUUCAAAGGAAAGUCCCAUGGCAUGCUCGAGACACUAAUGACAUAUAUACUGCCUCGCAACAAAGCUUCUUGGCUAUACGACUUCUUGGGGGAUGGGGACGCGGCAUCCCGAUUUUGGUCUAGAACGGCGACUUGCAAGCCAAGCAAGCGCUUCUGUCUAGCCAACAAUUUCAGUUCGCACCGUACCGCAAGCUGCCCUCAUGCCUGG